AUUUUCAUUAAACUUGUACUCUCUGCUUGUCCUUCUCCACUCACGCUCAUACAGAACAAGUCAGAUCUUGUAGGUUAGGAUGGGGAAAACCUCACUCUGUUGGGUGACUUUACUUUUGCUGCAUAUGGUCUUCAAUUUUGGACAUGCACAAGAUGUUCAGUUGACCCAUGACCCCAGUUCAUCCACUUUAUUUCUUGGAGAGUCUGUUACCUUCACAUGCAACAUGACAGCAGGAUACGACUCUAACUGGCGCUACCUAUUCCAUCGAAACGGUCAACACAUUGUCUCCAAGUCAGAUGUUUCAAAGUUCCUUCAACUCGACCUAACGACCGACCUGAGCGGGCGAUACCAGUGCUCCGCUUAUCAUAAGGACUCGCCAGGGUUCAUCAAGCAGAGUAACAACAUCACGCUUUCUGUGGCAGCCAACAGGCCUACAGCUACUGUGACUGCAGACAGGAAGACCAUUUCAGAGGACAGACCGACUGAACUUACCUGUUCAGUUCAAGACUCUGCCGGAUGGAAGUAUGACUGGUUCAGGCACAUAUUCUCUGAAGGCCAGAUUGAAAGCAAUGUUGUCAAAAACACCAUCAACAUCCACCGUGGAGGCAUCUACUGGUGCAGAGGAAGAAGAGGAAGCCCAGAUUUCUUGACUGAGCCCAGUGAAAUGUUCUACAUUGAGAACACAUUGUCCAACCAGGCAAAUGUUGCUUUGCAACAUGACUGGAGUCAGAUAUACAGCGGUGAGGCAAUAUCCAUGAGCUGUGAGAUAAAGGGAGGAGGAAACUCUAAGUGGGAAUACGAGUGGAGAACAACAACUUCAAAGCCGCCAUCAAGAGAGAGAACAGUUCAUAUUAGAGCCUCUGUUUUCUCCAGUGGUGACUUCUGGUGUAGGGGGAGAGCAGAUCCAUUUUCCUCAACCGAGUGGAGCCAAACAUACCAUCUGAGAGUAUCAGAUAAACCAAGACCCACGGUGAGGGCCGAUAAAAGACUCAUACCAGUAGGGGGCAACUUAACUCUCACCUGCUCUGUGGACAAUCCGACUGAGUGGAAAUACUACUGGUUCAGACACACUGGCAACAUUUCUGAAGUUCAGACCGUUGACGAAGGAAAAUCAGAAAAUGUCAUCAGUAUCUCUCAGGGAGGAGUGUACUACUGUCAGGGAGGAAGAGGAAGUCCAGUCUUCUUCACUGAAGAAAGUCAUCGGAUCACCAUUGAGAAAAGAGUUUCCAAUAUGGCUUCUGUUUCUCUGGAGCCUGACUGGCCCGUGAUUUACUCUGGAGAGACGAUCACUGUUAGAUGUGAGAUUUCUGGAGGUAGAAACAACGAAUGGGUUUAUGAAUGGAGCAAGCCAAUAUCAGAUACAUUACCAACGAAUGAAUACCGAAUUGUUGAUGCAUCUGAGUCCAGCAGUGGGAACUACAGGUGUUUGGGGAGAAACAAGCAGGAUCUGUAUUCAUCGACCGAGUGGAGCGACAUCACGACAGUCACAGUUUCUGAGCAGAGACCGAAGGCUCAAAUUAUUCCUGACAGAGACUCAGCAGGGGGCACUGUGACCCUAACCUGUUCUGUUAAACCAUCUUCAUCAUCAUCAUCUAGUUGGACUUACUACUGGUACAGAGUCGAGAUCGCCUCUAAACCUGUGGAACUGAAAUCUGAUACAAACGGAGAACUCGUUACGUCAGAGAAUGGAUUGUAUUUCUGCAGAGCAGGAAGAGGACGCCCAGUUUACUACACAGAGUCCAGUCAGUCAGUUACUGUCGACAUACCUGCGACAGACAAACAGAGACCUGUUGUGACUCAGCAGCCAAACUGGCCUAUGAUGUACUAUGGUGAGAAGGUCACUCUGAGAUGUCAGAUCCAGGGACAACCUACAGAUUGGGUUUUUGAAUGGAUUUCAUCCAGUGGGGAUGCACCAUCAACCCAAAAUGACAUACUUAGUUUAGAUUAUUCAUUUUCUAAGUACUACUGGUGUAGAGGCAGGAGGAAGAGUGAGCCACAGAAUGUCACUUGGUGGAGCGCUCCCUUUACGAGGAGAUAUGCUUCGUCACCAACGCCAGUCCUCACUGUGUCUCCAUCAUGGCUGAGUCCUGGAGCCUCAGUGACUCUGAGCUGUGAGGUGGAACAUCCAUCUGCAGGAUGGAGGUUCUACUGGUAUAAAGCUGUUCCUGAUUUAUUACCUAUUAUGGAGUUUGCUGCACGCAGACGUAGGAGUUUUUACUUUCCCAGUGGAUACAGGUUUGAAAACCUGCCUGGCACUAUCAAAGGGACUGUAGAGAACUCCUUCAUCAUUCAUGGACAGAAACAAACAGCAGGGUUUGCAUGUAGAGCUGGAAGAGGAAACCCAGAGCAUUUGACUGAUUACAGUGAACCAAAGUUUGUCUGGUCUGCAGAUCCUCAUCCAGCAGCGUCUCUCUCAGUGAGUCCUGACAGAGAGCAACACUUCACCUCUGAGUCUGUGACUCUGAACUGUGGAGGAAACUCUACUGAGUGGAGAGUGAUGACUCCUAGCAGAAUUUAUGCCUGGUCUUCACUAUACAGCUACUCCGAGAAAGUAAAUGGAUUCACAACAGAAAUGAUAGCUUACCGGCACUCUACUGCAGUGUACUGGUGUGAGUCUGAAUCAGAGGGGUGCAGCAAUGCAGUUAACAUCACAAUACAUGAUGGUGAUUUAAUCCUGGUGAGUCCUGUACAUCCCGUUAAUGAGGGAGAUCCUGUCACUCUUGGCUGCGAACUGAGGACAGGGAACUUCACGUCCACUGUGGGAUUCUACAAAAAUGAUAAACUUAUCCAGAACACAGUCAGAGGAGAGCUGAGUAUCCCUGCAGCGUCGGCUUCAGACGAAGGUUUCUACAGGUGUGAACAUUCAGGAAAGGCGUCUCCACAGAGCUGGGUGGCAGUGAAAGCAUCAAGUUCUUCUCUUCCGGAGUCGCUGAUUAUUGGACUAGUUGUUGGUUUCCUGCUGACUGUCCUCCUCGUCAUUGUGUUGGCAAUUUUACGCAACAGGCUUUCUAAGUGUCACAGAACCGAGACCUCAGGCACAGCUCCUCAUCAACAGGAUGAAACGCCAAACCAGAUAUACUCGUCUCUCCUUCAAGGUGAUUCUGCCGUUUAUGAGACAAUCAGAAAAUCCGGUCAAUGAUCAAAGAGUGAAUGAGGACAAGAAAGUCAAACCUCGCAUCCUGCUCAAAAUGAAAGAUCCAUAAAGUUUGCCAUCUGAAGUAAGAAAUGGAACAGAGGAGAGUUUUCCUAACUAAGAUGUUAAUUAAAAUCAUUGUGAUUUUGUUGUACUGUUGCAGCACUCUGAUGAACCAGCCGAACAAAUGCAUGCGUUUUCAGUUAACUAUUACAUAUUCAUGAAUGUUAUGCUUAUCUUGAUGGUGCUGGAUUAUUAUAAUCUCAAAAUGUCACUAUAAAAAAUGGAGCAGGUGAAUGAAUUUUAAGUAUGAGCUUCCAUGCUAGGUAUUUUUUUAUUUCUUUUUAUUGUAUUUUCCUUUUAUAUUUCAAUAGCGUUUUAUGAAAAUACCCUAUAUGUGAUUUCCACUGUUUUGUUUGGCCGUUUUUAGUAUCUCCUCCAGCUGGACGUUUGUGGUGUAAAAACAUGUAUUGUCUUCAUAAUAAAGUUAAAAGGUUUUUUUUUUUUGCUUUUCAUAAAGCACUGUGGGUUGUAUCUGUUUUCAAAACGUUCACAUCCGACAAGACAUUAAAAGUACGGUACGCACAUUAACACAAAUCAGUGAAAUCAGGUGAUCUGUAUUUUUGCACAAGAAUAUAUUAAAUAGCAAGAAUGACAAAGCACCAAAGAAGAACAUAUCUUAGGUA